AUGCAUCCUGCUGGUGGUGGUGGCGUGCCAAAGACUCUAGGCAUCGUUUAUCCGUAUCUCAUCGAAAGCCGCAACGAUGGCGGUGAAAAGGUCAUCAAAAUAUCUGAAAGCAUCACGUUAAAUUUGAAGAAGAGCUCGGUAGUAAGCAAGGAGUUUCUGCUAAGAACUCACCAGGAUGACAUUAUGGAACACAACUACCUCGAUGGCGAAAUACUGGAACAAAAUCUUUAUCACGACGCCGAGGCUUUUGCUUCAGUUAUUGUGCUUCACGAGGACGGCUUGAAAGUUGAAGGUAUCGUAAGCUCUAUGCUUGGAAUAAAGCCGAUGAAGACCAGAGAAAGGUCAGCAGAUGGCAGCAUUCCUCACGCCUUUUAUGAGCUGCCCCGAGAGAAGCCCAAUGACAAAGCAACAGGACAAAAGAUGCUAUUCUCCUCAGUCUAUUCCAGCUUUUAUCCUGAGCAAAAACGUCGUCCAAAAAAAGUUUCCAUGGAAAUUAUGGUACUUGUUGACAGUUAUUUUCGAAGGCAGUUUGAGGACAAGAAUUCAAUGUUGACGUACCUUUUGGUAACCAUGAAUGCCGUAAACUUGAAGUAUCUUACAAUAUCAGACCCAGAAGUAGAAAUUAUCCUUCGAGCGGUGGAAGUUUUUAACCACCAAGUGGAAGAUAAGUUCUUCGUACGAAAUGGAAGCAACUACUUGAGAGAUCGGGAGACACUCUUUAGCCUACAGAGAUACGUGAUACAUAAUUAUCAACUGUACUAUACCUUCGAUGGCUUGUACUAUGUAACUGGCCUCGACUUGGGCUAUUAUUACGUUACUGGCUUCGAAACUGAUGUCCAAGGUCUGGCAUUCAUUGGUGGUGUAUGCACCAUAGAUAAGCUCGCCAUGGGUGAAGACAAAGCACACACCUAUAGCGGCGUACGAGUAACCGCUCACGAGCUUGGACAUCUGCUCGGCUGUCCGCAUGAUGGAGAACAAUACAGGUUCUUCUCAUCGAAGGAUUGUCCAAACAGUGAUGGCUACAUCAUGACCUACUGGUCGAACAGCAGCAGGAGCAUGAAAUUCUCUGAAUGUUGCAACCGCGCCAUAUCAGACCUUGCACGAUGGUCUGCGUCAAUGGUGAUUGCAGAGCCAAACUCUCCAAAUACCCAGUCGAACCAGUAA